GUAAAGAUAAACAACACACCUUCCCUGUUCACAGGCAACAGCAUCAAUCACAUUGCAUAGUCAGACAUCAGUAGGAUUUUUCUGGUAUUUUAAUUUUUCCCUUUGAGCCUGUCAACGUUGCUGAAGAUGAGGGUGUUGAUGGUUUUACUGGCGUCCCUUGGGGCCUUUCAUUGUGUCCCUAGUACCACCCUUCCUCCGAUAUCAGCCAACACUCUCAAACGCCUGUCUCUGGAAGGGGAGAAGCUAGUGGAUCAGGAGGUCAGCAAGGCACUAUAUGGAAUCAAAGAAAUGAAGGAGGUGAUGGCCAGUAAUCAAGAGAAACAUGCAAACCUCAUGAAGUCUCUCAUGCACAGUGGGGAGAAGAAAAAAGGGGCAGCAGAGAUUGCACAGAAUGUAGAAAAGAAGCUGAAUGAAGCCGAGCAGCAGUGCAAAGAAUCUCUAAAGUCCUCCUGGGAGGAAUGUCGACCUUGUCUUGAGGACACUUGUAAAAACUUCUAUACGAACACCUGCCGCCGUGGAUUCUCCACCUUCACCAGUAAGCUACACAACUUCUUCCAAAGACUGAGCUCUCGCUUUGGCCCUCGUGAUGCUCAGGAUGAGGUAGCGUUGAAUCAGAGCGCAGAGAACCCUGACCUGGAGGUGGUGAGAAUCGAGGACUCCUUCAGCAACCUCCUCACUAAAGUGGGAACCCUGGUCAAUCGUAGUGCAGUGCUGGUCUCCCACUUUCACCAUGAGCUGGACCAGGCCCUACGCAGAGCCUUCAGUCCUGAGCGGGAAGACAAAGAGAGUGAGCUGGCUCUCAGGCCUGCCAAGAAAGCUCUGGAUUCUGCCUUUCUGGAGGGUGAGGGCCUGGACGAUGUGCUGGAGUCCUUCUUUGACUUUGGGAGAAAUGUGUUGGAGGAGUUUGGGGCCGUAAUCACACGAGCCUUCAGUAGCAUUCAUGAUGCUGUGGAGAAGACAGCGAAGGAGGAAGAGAAGAAACUCUUCCCUCAGUUUCUGCAGAACAGGAGACUGUGCAGAGAUCUGCGCAGACAGUCCUCAGAGUGCUGGCAGCUGCAGAGCAAGUGUGAGGCCUGUCAGGGAACCUUGUUUACUGAAUGCCCAAAUGUAAGAGAGCUGCACGUCGAGUUGGAUGAGGUCUCUCAGCUGUUGGAGGCGUCAAAGCAGGAGUAUGAGGAGGUGCUGGAAAUCGUGCAACAUCACACUAUAGACACCAUCAGCUGGCUCAGCAACAUGGCCUCCGACUUUGGUUGGGUGACUGAACUCGCCAAUAACAACACCACUCCCGAGAGCAUCUUCAGCAUUGCCACGGUGGUGGCACAGACGGAGGAGAGCAGCAACACUCCAGCAGCAGUCACUACAGUGGAAGUGAAUAUUCUAAACUCCCCCACUCUCACCCUGACUGUCCCUGCGGGUCUCCGGCUACAGGAUCCUGCCUUCAUCCAGUAUGUGGCGCAGGAGGCACUGGGCGCUUACAAGCAGAUGGCCAGGCAUGAGGAUGUGUAACUCAAACUACAAGUCAUCAGUUUUCAUCCAAGUAUUAACCAGGGUAUACUAUAUAUUGUGUUAACGUGUAUUGUAUGCAUUGGGCUUAGUUCAAAAGUAUUGUAAUUUAUUUAUGGGGUGUUGUGACAGGUUCUAAAUAGCUGCAGUUGAAUCUUGUCUUGUGUUAAUGGACUUAAACAUCACUAUGUCUGAAAUGUAAUUAUACCAUCACUGUUUAAAAUAAUCAUUUACUUUUAGCGCGACACUAUUUGCCUAGUUACUUGCAUCAGUAGGCCUAUGUGUGUUCACUUUAAAAUACUAUAAACAUUUAAUUCAAUUAUCAGGAGUGUUUCUAUGCAAUCCUUCUAGUAUUAUAAUGUAGGCUACUACAAAAGUCACAAAUUACCUUUUUUCCUCUCAUGUAGAAAAGGGCUUCCAUGUUUCCGUUCAGUCCCAGUUCAAAUCUCAUCCAUCUAAAAAUGAUAAAAAAAUUUCACAAAUGUCUGAGCAAAAAUCCUGAUUUGCAAAUAACCCACAUACACUUAAAAUCAUUACGUAAAACUUUAUUUUUUACUGUACAAAUUCUUCAGAUUAGUAAUCGUAACCAUUUUCACAACAAUGUCAUUAAAACUCUGCAGCGGAGACCAUCACCUCAUAUCAGAGUACUUUCACUUUUUUGACACAAAGAACAAAAUUCGAUAAAAGAGUUUUGCUCAAACUUGCCUGUAGCCCUUGUAAAACAGGAGGCGAUGAUGGGAAAGAUGUUUAGGGGAUGUCCAGGACAAAAUAAAAAAAGUCCCUAAGACAAAGGGCUCACAUACAGGAAGGACGAAAGCAAGGCCUCUCUCUCUACAUAUGAAAAGCUACACGACAAAGGGGAGAAGAAAUCAACAAAUUAACCCUCCAAAAGAUAUAUCCGUCUGAUUCAUCCCAAGUGCAUUCAAUUCCUUGUCAUGGGUGAAAUGAACCCGUUACAGAAAAUGCAUGACCAAACUCCAA